AUGGUUGGGUUUAGGCACCUUGAAAAACCUGACGCGUACACCGAGUUUGGUCUGAUCAUGACAGGCCUUUGUCCGACUGGAGGGGUGCAGGCUCAAAACUCGCCUUUGUCUCUCUAUCCUUUGAUUAUCAUACCGCCUUCAUACUUGUUCCCCAAUGUAUCAUCCUCCCUUAACCCAGACAUUACACCAUUAAACCAACCCCUCUUGAUCCAACCAGAUUUUCUCCUUCAACUCGAUUCGAAUCUCCUAGUUUUACAGAGAAAUUUCAAUUUAAAUCAAUCCUCUCACUCCAUGUCCAUGUCUUCACGCAAACUCACCGGUGGCGAGGCCGAUCAAAAACCAGUUGAGCACUACAAUAGCCAGGACAUCGUAAUCCUUACCCCCGAACGACCACCCACUCACACGCGUGGUGUAUGUUUACUCCAGACUCCAGCCAUCGGUCAGAGCCCUACUCCUCGGAUCAAGGACAAGCCUAUGGACUUCGGGGCCAGCGCCAUGGGAAUCAAGAAUGAUCAAUUGACCUUUCUGAAGGACAUGUUAUCAACGCCAACGAUCAUCAUAACUCCGGAUGGACUCAGCUACCACGGUGGAGUACACAUACCCCGGAACCACUGGUGGGUAUACAGACUCAUUCGCCCAGUGCUUUCGAUAUUCGCACCGCUAGUUCCACCUACCUUGUACUCACUCAGAACUUCUCCCAGGGUGAUGAUCGAUGGACGACCGAACCUCUUGUUUGAUCAAAUGCAACCAGGUCAGAUGCCCAAGUUCGAGGACAUGUCCAUGCGCGAACUCGCCGAGUGGCGACUCGGAGUCAUGAUUCAAACCCCCGAAGCUGGCGUUCUAUUUAAUCGCGCGUUUAACUUGAAACGCGCAGAAGAAGGCUUCAGCCACCUCACAUACCCGGUUCCUUUCACAGGGGAUAUGCCUGACGACGUCGAUGAGAUGAUCAUCAGUUUAGAAUACGACACCCACUUCAUUACACGUUGCAUCUCGCUCGCCGAGGACGCAGCCGCGCACAAUCGGUUAAGCCUUGUUCCGAGCUUAUCGAUGUUACACGGUGUUGACUUGAGGGACACUAGGUGCUCAUCAAACUCUUCCGAUGCUAGCGAUAAGGCCUCAAAUCGUGAUGGCUUGCAAAAUCCCAGUUGUGUGAACAAGAAGCACGGUACAGUCAAUCAAAACCGCAAACUCCUCAAAAUCCUAAAAAGCGCGAAGGAGAUCAAUCUCCUGACCCCCGUUUUCCAAAGCGCCAACGCGCUUGAUGAAAACACAACAACAGGUGAGAUUUUGUACCCCUCUUCUUCGAUUAGAGAUGAGAAUGUUCCAUCAGACUGA